AUGAAACUCGCGCUGUGUGUACUGUUUCUGGUGGCCCUGGGGGACGCCGCAGUGCGAUCUCCUAGAGACCUGAAAGAGGGCAAAGAAUUGAAAACUUAUAUCGAAGGACUUAAACAGAAACUAGAAGCAGCAGACGCGGCCGAAGCCGACGACGUGAACGACAGAGUGAAACGUCAGUUCUUCGGCUACCAAGGUUACGGGGGCUACGGCGGUUACAGAGGUUACGGCAAUGGUUACAGUAUCGGUUACGGCAACCGCGGUUACGGCUACGGAUCUUCGGAGAGCUUCGAGAGAGGAGGUUACCGCCGGGGAUACUAUCCAGGCUUCAGAUACGGCUCCAGCGAAAGUUUUGAAGGAUAA